AUGUCUCGCCUCGCCCGCCUCCCCCGUUGGGCCAGCCACUGGCUUGGCUAUCGCCCCGAGACCCCCAAACCACUUCCACAAUACCAAGUGGCCCUAUGGUCUUUUAUAAUAGCCUUCGGAGGCCUCUCAGUCCUCCAAGCAAUCUUCAAUUACUCAACCUAUUUCAAAGACCGCCACGUCCCAGGAAUAGUAGCAUCCUACGGCGCCUCAGCCGUUCUCGUAUUCGGCGCAAUUGAAAGCCCACUGGCUCAACCGCGUGCUCUCAUCUUCGGCCAUUUCUUCAGUGCCUUAAUCGGCGUAUGCAUCACUAAAUUAUUCAGUCUGAUGCCGGAAGCGCGGUUUGAAUCGCUUCGUUGGCUGGCUGCUUCGCUUUCAACGGCUAUUGCGAUUGUGGUUAUGCAGUUCACGGGUACUACGCAUCCCCCUGCUGGUGCGACGGCUUUGCUGCCUGCUACUAAUCAGGAGAUUUGGGAACUUUCGUGGUAUUAUUUGCCUGUGGUUCUGCUGUCUUCGGCUUUGUUGUUGGUUUGUGCGCUUUUGUUGAAUAAUUUGCAGCGCAGAUAUCCGGUGUUUUGGAUUGCGCCGGCGCCGCCUAAGCCGGCGCCUGUUGUGGUUAAGGAAGCGGAGGGGGAGGGAAAGAGCUCGGUUUGA